CUCUAUAGAGGGAGGGGAGGAGGGGACUCCAGCAGAGAGCCGCAGCCGCCGGGACGAGCACUCCAGCGCUCGCCCCGCGCCCCGCCAGCCGCCCCAGCAUGGACCUCCGAGCCCUUGCUCUGCUCGCCUUCGCCCUGGCGAUCAUCUCCCUCUCGGAGGAGAAACCCGUCAGCCUGACUUACCGAUGCCCCUGUCGAUUCUACGAGAGCAACGUGGCAAGAGCCAACAUUAAGCACCUCAAAAUCCUGUCCACACCCAACUGCUCACUUCAGAUUGUUGCAAGGCUCAAGAGCAACAGCAAGCAAGUGUGCAUUGAUCCCAAGUUAAAGUGGAUCCAGGAAUAUCUGGAGAAAGCUUUAAACAAACCACGUCAUCGCACUCAUAAAAAAAAGCAACAGAAGAAACGGGGCCCACUCUGCCCUUCCCGUGCAACACCACUAAAGUCUCCAGGGAGAAAGAAUGGAGGUUCAAGAUGUAAGAGUCAAGCAUUGUAAGCCGUCUACAGGAUUUCUUACUGUAGGACCCAGAGAGCAGAUAACCAGUAUUAGGGAAUGAAUACAUUUCACUGUUAUCAUGCAGCACAAAGCAACGCUUCAUGCAUUUCCAAAGGUUUUUUUGUUUGGUUUUUUUUUUGGUGUGUGUUUUUUUUUUUUUUUUUGCACAGGUUAGCUUGCUUUCACAGUGCUAUUUUUAUAUAGUAAGAUGUAACUAUUUGAGAAAAAUAUGUUUUUAUACAGGUUGGUUUAUUACCUAGCACUGAGGGCAGAUAUGAAUUUAAACUAACCCUACGUUAUUAUAUAAUAUUUUAUUUCCUUUGCUAUGUAGAGGUCUUGCUUUAUUUAACUUUCUUUUGGUUCAUGCAAGUCUCCUGGAGUUUUAAACCUAGAAGGACAUGAACUGUACAGUGCAAUGAUGUUGUGUAAGUAGUGGAGGAACUUCUUGCCUCCAGCAGUCAUUGAGGCCAAGAACAUAGGAAGGCUAAAAAGCAUCAGACAUUGAUGAAAGUGAACAGCAUUACCAUGCGUGGUAUUUAUAGGUGUUUUGGGUGAGGGAUUAAACUCAGGGCCACGGGGCUAAAGCUCUUCUCUGAAGAUCAGAGACCUUGGUGACAGCUAUGAGCAGCUGGGUCAACGCACAUCUGGUAUUGCAAGGUCCUAGUACUUAGUUUGUAGUAGUUGUGUGUGUUAGGAGCCGCAACACUGAUCUGAUGUCACCUGGCAUUUCCUAUGUUCCUGUGUUUCUGAUGACAAAUUUUAGCACAAAAAGCAAUGAGUUAUUAAGUGUCUAACCACACGAUCAUGUUGCAAGUUGCUGGAGAAGUCGGAUAUGCUGCCACGCACCAGGUGUCUCUUCCCACCCAUCCACAGGAGGUGGCUUCAGCUGGCCUGGCUAGCUUUGCACUGAAGUAGGCGGAGAUGCAUUCACAUGACCCUUCACCAACGAUGCCGUAGCCUCGGCUACUGAACAAUCAUACAUACCUGAGGGCAGUAACAUCUUUGAUUGCUCUGGAGAUACCUAGAAGAGGAUGUCUGGCCAUAUCUUUGGAGAAAAGAGAUGCCUGAGGCACGAGAGGGUCUGCCCAGUUUGUGGAAGGAGUGGUGUUUCUUGUGUGUGGAAAUGAAGGCCAACACUCGCUGUUCACCAGUGGUUAUGGCCCUGGUUUGCUGGUGAACAGGGUGAUCUCUGGAAUUUCCUUUGGAAAGUCCACCCAGAGACAGGGACCACUUCUUGCACCAAUACCCUCUCUCAGCCAGAAAUUCCUUUCUCCCGGUUCCCACCUGUAUACGCAGUACCUUUACGCUGCGCACUGGGAUCCGGGGGGGAAGCACAUUUGUGCAGCACAAUGCUUGUGUUUGUAUGUAUCUGUGUGUGUAUUGUAAACAAAAAAAUGUUGUAAGAAUGUAUUUUUUUUUUUGAGCGGGUUGCUUCAAAAGAAAUCUUCCCUCUUCCCUGCAGCCUGUACCGGGGACACCGAGAGCGGUGUUUUACUAAGCACUCCCUUCUGUGGCAGGCAUCUUUUAGUGCCAAAGAGGCACUUUGGCUAGCCAGGGAUUAUCUUAUUUCCAUGUGGAUUCAAGUAAAAACCUUGUAAGUAUUUUCCUCUCUGCAAAACAAUGCUAUUACAGAGAGUGCUUCAGCUGGGACCACAUCACCUCAUUUACCUUGACGUAGAAACCAACUGCUGUGCCUAAAAUGUAUGUGUGUGUGAUUUUGACAUUCCUUCUAUUGUUAUAUUUACCAACCUGGUGCUUUGAGUAUAUUGUAUCUCCAUUUUGAAAGGGCUGGUACCACUGUACUUGAUGAGAAUUGGAGUGUUGAUUUCAAUGUGAGUAGGAUCAGAUCCUCUGUUGUAAAGGUAAAGAUAGAACUUCUAUGAGAAAACUAGAGCUUCAUGUAUCUUCCCUGGGCAGUACUUUAUAUCCUAAGAUCCGUGUCCUGUCCCCACAUGAACAUCUCAAUUACUAGUGGUUUGCCAGAGGUGGACAUGUGAGUGUCAAAGCCAAGAAUGACUUUGGGGGAAGUGUGGAAGAAUCUUGGUUCUGACACAGACAUGGAGCUUGCCCUUCUCACCCAGGAAAGUGCAUUCUUCAAACAUGCUUCCCAUCCAAGGACAGUUUGUCUGAUUCCUUCCCAUUGGAGUAAAUAAAGAAUUAAACAAUCCUCUGGUUUUGAUUCAAUAGCAUACCUUGCUAAUGAUGAUAGGGGCCAUAAAGAUUUUGUUGCUAGGGGAAACAUAGGCUUUCCAGUGAAAAGAUGGGGUGGGUAGAUGUGACUGUACAGCCUCGUUGGUGCUCUGCUGCGGUCCUCGUUAACAGGGAGUGCAUCUGGGGUCAGCGCCUGCAGGGAAAGGUCUCUGGGCACAUGCCAGCCUCACAUUACAGCUGGGGCUGUAAUGCAAAUGGACUACUUUGCCAGAAGCGCUGAGAUGGGUAGUGCUGGAGCACCCCGGCCAAACCCCAGGGUCCCAGCUCUGGACAGUAUAUCCAGGAAGAAGAGAUAAUGGGGUCACCAGUCAACCUUCUCUGAGGGCAAACUAGUGAGUGUUGCAGGGGUAGACUGUGCUAAAGGAAGGGCAUUUGCUUCUGGGAGAAAUGCGUGAGUAGCAGCAGGAAGGAAAGGGGCUCCCUGCAAGGCUAGGGAACACCUACAGCCAGGUGGUGGUUGUCUGGGUGCCUUGUGGGCCAUCUGCCUCUGACAUUUCUUGAGAUUCACGCUGUGGCCUGGGCCCUGACACUGCUGCGCUGGUGCCGAUUCACUACUCGUGUGACCACUCAGGGCACAGGGAUGCUCUUGGGGGCCAGCACCAUGUCCCUCCCUUGAUGAGCACAGCAUGAACGCAGGGUUGGCACAGGCCCAUCCAGGAGUAACUGAGGACUUAAGUGAGAACCUAACAAGAGCUUUCUCUUGCUUUAGACCAAAAUUCAACCUUGAGUGGGAAGCAUUGCUCUUUGCCUGGCAUUAUUUGCAUGGUGCACCAGGGAGGGCAGCCGUGCCCUUGGCGCUAGAGAAAUCAAUGCCGCGGCUGCCCCAGGCUCCCUGCGCCACCCUGCGCAUCACACGCCGCUCCUCCUGUGCACACGUAGCAGAAACCCACUUGGGGAGAGCACUCGGUUUUCCUUUCUGCCUUUAACCGUUGACCAAAGACCAAAUCAGGGAAAGGAAGCGUGGGGAGAUGGGAGUGAUGUAGGGACCACACGUGAAGAGGCGGGAAAAGAGAUGACGCCGAACCGGUGCUGAAAAAGCAGCUUCCGUAAAUGUGAAAUCGUCUCGUGUGGUAUUUUCAAAGUGCAGCUCUUGAAUCAUAAGGUUGGAUUAUUAUUUUUUUUAAAGAAUCGAUGGUAUUUAUUGCUGUGCCAAUUUUUUAUUUAUACUAGCUUUAGACUUGUAUGUAUGAAUAUCUUAUCUGAAUUCUGCCUGAGGAAGGAUGAAGGGUGACUUUCUGAUGUGUUUUUAACUAAGUUGUUUGAGCAAAGGUGACUGAUCGUUUUGCAAUGAAGGCUACAUUAGAGGUUAAAUAUACACAUUUCAUUGAAAAUGCAGUUCCUAUAGAAGUUUUUGUUGCUAUUUUCUCUUUGUUAGCACCUAGAGGAGCCUUCUUUUCUCUGGCAACUUGUUUUGAGUGACGUGAUUUACAGUAACCAGGGUUUUCUGAGAACUCGUCACCUAAAAUCUGUUAUUUUUUCAUUAUUAACAUCCCACCAAGACAAGCUUUGUCUGCAAACAUGAAACUCUGGUGGCCACAGAGAAGAAAACGUAUCAUCGUGAAAGGGCUGCAUGAACCUCCCAUCUUCCACUCCUUAAGAACUCAGUAUUGUCAGAAUGUGGUAAAUACUGUACUUUAUAUUUUUAUUAAGUAAAAAGAAAUAUCUUCCCAAAUAAUGUGAAAAGGGUUUUGUAUUUGUGUUCCUGUAAGGCAGCUUUUAUGGAGGAGUUGUAUUAUGCUUUUGAAAUUACUCCUUUCAUAGAAUAUUUUGAAAAGAAUCACUUUUAUAUUGUUGUAAUUUCUCCCAUAAAUCUGUAUGCACUUAAAAUUUUCUUAAUAAAAAUGUCUA